AUGGACGACCCCAACCCUAAACCUCACCCCCCUCGCAGCCUAGCCGCCCGCCUCGAUACCUACGCCGCCAAAAUCUACCGGCCCAUUGGCUUCACUAAAGGCUACAACUUCAUCCUCUGGUUCAUGACUACCUCAGGUCUCCUAGGCUUCGUCCUCGCCCGCCUCGCCUACCUCAACUACGACGGCAUCUUCUGCGCGCCGCUGUCUGCCCACACGAACAAAAACCUCCACGCCGGGCCAGGCCAGUGCUACUUUGGCCUGCGCGGCCACACGCGCGUGGGGCUGCUGAUGCACCUCGCCACCAUCCUCCCGGCGGGGCUGUUGGUCUGUGUCCAGUUCGUGCCGGUCGUGCGGCACCGCUGGCUGCUCGUGCACAGGUUGAAUGGGUACGUGGUGAUUUUGUUGUCGCUGGUGUCGACGGCGGCGGUGUUUAUGAUUGCGCGGGACGCGAUGGGUGGGGAUCCGGACACGCAGAUGUAUAUUGGUGUGCUGGGGGCGGUGUUUCUUAUUGCGUUGGGCUUGGCGUGGUGGAAUGUGAAGAGGCUGCAGAUUGAGUUGCAUAGGAAGUGGAUGUUGAGGGCGUGGGUUUAUGCCACCUCCAUCAUCACCCUCCGCCCCAUCGGCAUACUUGGCGCACCCAUCCUGUCCCGGACAGGCCCGUACUACAUAGCGCGCCCAUGCAAGAUCAUUCACGACACGCUGGGGAACAACCAGGGGCUCGUGCUGCAGUGGUAUCCCAGCUGCCAUCCGUGGUAUGAUGGGGCCGAUGACGAGCUGCAGGUGCUUGUCCGCGCUGAUACGGGUGGCAACCUCAUGGAGAGGGCCGCGGCGACUCUUGUCUUGUUUGCGGCCGCUGGGUGGCUGGCGUUGACAAUGCAUGCCAUUGCGGUUGAGGUUUAUCUGCACCUGACGCCCGCCGAGCACGAGAGACUGCGCAACGUGUCAUACCAGCGACAGGUUGAGGCGGGUAUGAAGAAUCCCGGGAGGGCUGGCCUGACGGCGGACCGCCUGGGUGACAGCGCUUUGUGGACGCCGCAGGAGGCUACCACGGUGGUGCAGACUGUGGCGACUGAUAAGGAGUCGACGACAGCCCACGUCUAGGCAGCCAUCGGUGCCGAUACAUGGAGAUUGGCGUGAUGUAUCAUGUCUCCUUGCCUAGUCAUCCUCGCGGAGUCCUUGUGUGUCUCAAGUUGGUGCCAGAGUCAAUGUGCUUUGGCAAAAUUGGAUAACCCUACACUUUGGUUCGUUUGUGACCUUGCAGUCGCGUCCAGAUGUGAGCCAACGAAGAGGCUCUCUUGGGCUAGUGACUGGUAUAGUGGGGAGGAUGAAGGCUUGGGAAUUAGCAUACUGUUAGUGAAUGCCCGAAAGGCGAGGACUUAUAGGUUACGACCACUGUGCGUAUAUAGCAUUUAUACACUUAAG